AUGAGCAACUAUCAAUGCAAAAAGAUAAAACGGUGCAAAAGUAUGCCGACGAUUGAUGAUGAAACUGUUGGAGACGUUGUCAAGAAACAGUCAGUUCUAUUUUUAAUUUUUGAAAUUAUUUUCACCGAUUGUACUGUGGAAUGCAGUAAAAAGGAGUAUUCUACUGAAAGAAGUGGUUCCAGUUUCAGGUCAGCGAUAAAGAAGGCAACAACAAGGCUGAAUACUUCAAGAAGGGAGUAUAUGGGACGAAGAAGUCUAGGAGUGGCAACAGUAUCUUCUAAAGUCAAGCGGAAAAAGAGCAAAACGGAACGAGACCGAGACAUUCAAGAUGAUAUGUACGAUGAAGGCUACGAUGCAUCUUCCACAUCAUCGUCUUCCUCUCGUCCAUACAGAUGCAUUCCAAUUUUGGAGCAAAGCAACCGUAGUUCCCAAAACUAUCUUCCAUCGGUGGAAUCGAGUUCCAGUGACAGUGAUCGAGAAAUCCGACGUCCACCUCUUCUCUACAGUACCCUUCUGAUGUCACCUCCAAAAACUCUUUCAAUCGAAUCACUGUCGGAACAGUUUGAUCAAUUGGAAGUGACGGAUAGAAGUAAACUUCAUCUAGAGAUCUCUCAUUUUUUGAAAAAAGCAGAUGGAGAGAAAAAGAAACAAAUGCAAAUGUCUCAAAGGAUGAUGAAUUGCCCGCAGUUUGGACAGACCAUGAGAUUGAUAGUUGAAGAAAGUGAGCACACAAGAUACACUUUCGAGAACAUUCUCUGGUUGAUUCUGAAGGCGUAUUUCUCGGUGGGAUCAUCUGGAAAAGAUAUAAUGAUUGGAAAAUCUGAAUGGAUGGCAGAAGAUGAGAGCAUUGCAAAGGCUCGGAAGCAAUAUAUGAUGGUGAUGGAUAUGAUUAAAGAAUUUAAAUUUGAAUUUGUUAAAAGUGAUAAAGAUGAUACUUCGUUUGAUUCGUUGAAUCGACGAAUGGAAUUUUCUCCAGACUAUUGUGAAAGCUUACGAGAAUCAAGAAAACGGGUGACAGAUAUUUUGGACAAGUAUGACACUCUUGUUGAGUUGUUUCCCAAUCAGAAUGCACUGUGGAAAGUUGUGGAAUUGGAUAGAGGAGAAGCAGAAAAGAAAAUGUUAGAAGGUCGAAUGAUAUCGAUGAGAGUUUGGUUGAAUAUUCUUAAUGAUAUGGCUGAUAAGUUCCGAGCGCUGGGAGAACUAUUCGAAGUGGAAUCAAUGGCUGGAGCAGAAUGGUUUCAACCAUUGGAUGAAAAUAACAAAAUAUUUGCACUGGAAGACGUUCGGGUUGUCUUUUUGGAGUAUGUCAAAAAGAGUUUGAAUCUGAAAGGAAUGAAAAAAGUUUUGAAUCGAGUGGAAAAAAUAAUCGAACUGACACUGGUGAAAACCGCGAUUCUGAUGCAAAAGCCUCCGUCAUCAUACGCUGCUGCAACUGCUUCCAGAUCCUCGUUUCCAUUUAAUCAAACGAUGAAAGAAAGAUACGGAGAGAUGGCUCAAUGGAGAUUCUGUAAUACCCUGUCUCUUUCCCUGAAUCUACCUCCUCUCACACAUUUAUUCUUCUUUCUUGUCGCUGUUCCGAUGCAAUUGGUUGUCCAUUGGCUAGAAAUUCGAUCAGCAACAGAACCACCAGACUCUUCUCUACUUGAUGAGUUGACAUUCGAUGCAAUGAUAACUGAUUCUCGAGAUUGUGUAGAAGAAGCUGUCAGAAUUAAGAAAAACUACUCUAAUAUCCUCCAAUCAAUGUGUUCCAAAUGUGCAAUGCCUGGGUUCUUGUACCCGUUGAAGUACAACACUUAUGUUUUGGACGUUUUCAAGAAAUACAUCCAUUAUGUAAAGUGCUGGUCCAAUUGUGACACUGUUCGCAAAGAACCAACUUUUCUAUUUUCUCGCCUCGAGAUGGAAUGGAAUUCCGCAGUCCAAUGUGCUCAAUCAAUUAAAUCAGCUUUGGAGCUGUUGUGCAAUACAUACUGCGAUAUCAUAGAAUCUCUUAUCAAAGAAGUAGUCGAAGGAUUUGCAGUGGAUCAAAUCGAAGAGAUCAGGAAUCGCUACAGCGAUCCAGUUGAAUCAGAAGACGGAUUAGACUAUGAUGAUGAUGUAAAUGGUUCCCGACCACUUCUCCGACAUCCAUCCCACCAUCAGUUCAUGUUGGCAAUCAAUCUGUUGAUUCGAGAAGUCAAAGAACGAGAACUUCGAGUUUUCUCUCUUCUCAGAACAACUCUAAACGAUAGUCAAGAUGCAGUUGGAUAUGAGCUCCGACCUGAAGUGGAUAAAGCCAGAAUGCUGAAUGAAAUGGUUCCAGAUUUUUGUCUUAUCCAAUUGGUCAUGUCAUCUGAUGAAGACGAUCAAUACAAUAAUGAUCUUGUGAAUUUACCAAUCACAAUGUUCGUAUAUCGAACUUCUGUUGACAAAUCAUACGUGGAAACUUGUAUGUUAGCUAUAUCAGAAGGACGAAAAAUUGAUGAUGGCUGCAUUGUGAUAGUUCCGGAUAAAGAUCAUCAACUACAAAAACAUUGGACAGGACGUGUGGUUAAGAUUGUUAUAGAUGAAGAGACUAGGAUCUGCUAUCGUUUUCUGAGAGAUGACAUGACUCUUUGUCUUGCCAGUUGUACUGUUCGUGCUGGUAUGGAACAGAAGUACUCAAAGUUUUUGAAAUGUGUGGCACCCUCUUGUUCGUCAAACUUCAUCAUUAACUCGAGAAUACAAGAACUGACAGAAGGAACUUUACUGACGCAUUUGGAAAAUGAAGGAAGACGAAUUGCAAUGUUGUUGGGUAAACUUGGAGUUGGACAACAUGAGGAGCGGACAUUGUCUAGUCUUGGAUUCAAACUGGAAAAACACUUUCUGGUGGCUUUUCAAAUUCAUCGUGAUGUGGCAAGAGUUGUCAGUGAUUCUUUCAUGAGCCAUCUUGGCAAUAGUAUGGUAGAAAAUGCACUGAAACUAACAAGACAGUGGAUUGAGUAUGUACAACUGAAAAACGCAAUACCCUCCCCAACACUUCCAAUGUGGGCAAAUCCAGGAUUCACAUUUCUUCAAUUCAUCACGGAACCCAAAUGGAGUAAUCCAGAAAUAAUGACAGAUAAGCAAUUCAAUGAAUUCAACAAUCUUGUGAGAAAAUUCGAAGCAAAAAUAAUUCAAUCUUCUUCAAACAUGAGCACUCCAAUUGUUCCAAAACAAAGAAAGACUAGAUCGACGAGUUCCAAGACGUCCAACUCUUCAGAUGAUAAAAAUCACAGGAAAAGUAAGAAAGAGAAUCAAAUGUUGAGAAUUCAAGAAAUUGAAGAGAAACGAUAUAAAAUGGAUUUCGAAAACCGCCAAAUUGGAAGAGUGAUAACGGAUGAUAGCCAUUUUAUAUUAGCAACAGACAGGAAAGUUGUGACCAGAGCUCCAUUCCUUUUUGUACUACUCGAUGAAAUCGCUGCCGGAACAUUUGGUGUUGUUCAUCGAGCAAUGGAUAUCACUUCUCAUCGAGUUGUAGCUGCAAAAGUCAUGAGAAUUCGUCGUGAAAAUCACAAAGCAAUUGAAUCUGAAAUCAACAUUUUCCGCCAGCUAACACACGAAAAUCUCGUCAAAUACUACGGAGUGGAAGUGGAGGAUAGUGAUGUGAUCAUUUUUAUGGAAUACUGCUCACAGGGAACACUUGAAAGAAUCUGUCAAGGAAAGAUGGAUUUGAAAAUGGUCCGACAAUACACGCACAGUUUGUUGAGAGCUGUUCAAUAUCUACACACUCAAAAGAUUAUUCAUCGAGAUAUCAAACCAGCCAAUAUUUUCCUUGAUAAGUGUACUGUUCUGAAAUUAGGAGAUUUCGGAAGUUCAUCAAGACUAGUGGAGACUUCAACAGUCUAUGGAGAGUUCCAAACAACAGCAGGGACUCCUCAAUUCAUGGCUCCCGAAAUAUAUUCUUAUGGAGAAAAAGAUGAGGUAACAGGAAGUUAUAGUGGAUACGGUAGAAGUGUGGAUAUCUGGGCAAUCGGAGGUACAGUGGUCAAUAUGAUGACUGGAAAACUUCCGUUUGAAGGGCAAACGCGACAUCAAAUUGCUUUCUCGAUUUGUUUCCGAAAACAAAAACCAAUCUAUCCGGAAAUCGCCAACGAACGUCUGGAUGUUCAGACUUUCCUCGACAAAUGUUUUGAAUUUCAACCAACAGAUCGUGCAACAGCUUCUGAAUUACUACAAACAACUUUCGCAAACGUCAAUGUAUCCGAUGAAUAUCACAUUCCGGAUUACCAAUCCCAGUCAUCAAAAGAUACUUCAAAUUCGUAUUUCUUUGUUUAA